CUCCCGUCGACCUGGCAGUGAACCCAGAGUGGAUAGACGGACGAACGCUCAGAUCACAUGUGGAGCGUGGGCUUUGAUGGAAGGCCUGCCUGCCUGUAAACACCAGGUGGGAAAAGAAAACAGAGAAUAAAACAAAGUGAGGAGGAAAACGAGGAGAUCGGGGAAAAAAGAAGAUACAACUAAUAUAAACUACCUGGACUGCGAAGAUGAUGAUGAUGAUGAUGAUGAUGAUAAAUGUGACAGUGUUGAUGAUGAUUGUGGUGAACAACACAUCAGCGGCUGAGACCAGCUUGACCAUACGAACCGUGCGCCUCUGCGAGCGGCUGAGACUCGGGGUCACAGAGAUUCCGUCCAACAUCUCCAGCAACACCCGAUGUCUGGAAGUUAAGCAGACGUUGAUCACAGUGUUACCCCAGGGUGCUGUCACCAGCCUGCAGCUCCUCAAGAAACUAACCAUAUUGGAGAACGAAAAGCUGGAGAGCAUCGGCACGUUUGCUUUCGCCAACCUCCCCCGACUCUCUGAUAUCUUCAUCUCUGGAAACAUUGCUCUGGAGAGUAUUGGAGCUUUUGCUUUUUACAACCUCCCAGAACUCACUGAGAUAACCAUAACAAAGUCAAAACACCUGACGUCCAUCCACCCAGACGCAUUCAGGGACAUCAUGAAACUACAGUAUCUGACCAUCUCCAACACCGGGCUCGCCUUUUUUCCAGACUUCACCAAGAUCCACUCGGCCGCCCCUGACUUUCUGUUUGACCUGCAGGAGAACAGCCACAUAGCCAGAGUCCCCGCCAAUGCUUUCAGAGGCCUCUGCACCCAAACUAUCACGGAGAUACGGCUCACCAGAAAUGGCAUCAAGGAGGUGGCAAGUGACGCCUUCAACGGCACAAAGAUGCACAGAUUGUCCCUGAGAGGCAACCAGCAGCUUACUCACAUCAAUCCCAAUGCCUUUGUGGGUUCCAGUGGGUUGGUGGUACUGGACAUCUGUCACACUGCCCUCAGCUCCCUGCCGGACUCAAUCCCCGGAGGACUGCAGUGGCUGAUCGCAGAGUCCACCAAACGCUUGAAGAAACUUCCCUCUCAGCUUUUCACCAAACUGCACCAGGCCAGACUGACGUACCCAUCACACUGCUGCGCCUUCCAGAACAUUCACAGGAACAGAUCGAGGUGGAACCCCCUGUGCUCACUCCCUAAGGCUCAGGACAACUUUAAUUUCUUCAGAGACCACUGCUCUAACUCCACAUCCGUAACCUGCAGCCCGAUGCCCAAUGAGUUUAACCCCUGUGAGGACAUCAUGUCCUCCAUCCCCCUGCGGGUCCUCAUCUGGAUCAUUUCUGUCCUGGCACUGCUGGGGAACGGAGUCGUCCUCCUUGUGCUGAUAGGCAGCUUCUCCAAACUGACAGUUCCUCGUUUCCUCAUGUGCCACUUGGCCUUCGCUGACCUCUGCAUGGGCGUCUACCUGGCUGUCAUAGCGACUGUCGACAUGCUCACACGCGGCGAGUAUUACAACCACGCCAUAGACUGGCAGAUGGGCCUGGGCUGCAGGGCCACAGGUUUCAUCACGGUGUUCGCCAGUGAGUUGUCAGUGUUCACGUUAACAGCGAUCACCCUGGAGCGCUGGCACACCAUCACAUACGCUCUGCGGCUGGACCGCAAAAUCCGCCUGAGACACGCAUGCAUCGUCAUGACAGCAGGUUGGAUCUUCUCCUCUCUGGCCGCCUUGCUGCCCACAGUUGGGGUCAGCAGCUACAGUGAGGUGAGUAUCUGUCUCCCCAUGGACGUGAAGUCACCGGUGUCUCAGGUCUAUGUCGUGUCCCUCCUCCUCCUCAACAUCCUAGCCUUCUUCUGCGUAUGUGGCUGUUACAUGAGCAUUUACCUGACCGUCCGCAACCCCUCGUCCAUGCCGGCCCACGCCGACACCCGUGUGGCACAACGCAUGGCCGUGCUCAUCUUCACCGACUUCAUCUGCAUGGCCCCCAUCUCCUUUUUCGCCAUCUCAGCUGCACUGAAGCGCCCGCUCAUCACGGUCUCAGAGUCCAAGAUCCUGCUGGUCCUCUUCUACCCGAUCAACUCAUGCUCCAACCCCUUCCUGUACGCCUUCUACAACCGCACCUUCAGGCGGGAUUUCUUUCUCCUAGCAGCUCACUUCGGCCUGUUUAAGACCCGGGCGCAGAUUUACCGGACAGAGAGUUCGUCCUGUCAGUGACCUCUCCAUAGGUCUCUCACAAUCCAAAGACAUUCAGAUUGGGAACUAGGUUGAUUGGACACUCUAAAUUGGCCAUAGAUGUGAAAAUGAAUAGUUGUUAUGUCUCUGUAUGUUGGUGCUAUAUGAGGGCCCUGUGAUACACUGGCAACCUGUCCAGGAUGUACUGCGUCUCGCCCAAUGUCAGCUGGGAUUGGCUCCAGCUCCCCCUACAACCCUCAAAGCUUUAGCGGCAUAGAUGGAUGGUUUUGUGAAUGCCUACAGGGAUCUGCUAAUGUGCUUUUAAGAAUGUGUGUGCAAAAGCAGGUUUGUAAACAUUGAAAAUUGUGAAUGUGUAAUGAGAUUUUCAAGCGUAUUGAUUUUUGUACAUAUGUAGACAAAUCUGCAAAUGCCUGCAAAUCUGUAGUAGAAGUUUGUUUGUACCCACACACAUUUGCAGAUCUUCCAUGGCUGAAAUGUAAAAUCCUGUUUAAAAUGACGGCCAAUUGCAAGCUUGAGUUAUAACUGAUCACUUUUCUGUAUUUACAGCUCUUGGGGCAAAACACAUUUUCAUCCAUUAAUAUCUAUAUACGCAUUUACAGAUUUAUCUACGCAU